UCACUUUGUCUUGAUCUUCAUUCAUCAUGGUCACCCACUUUCUCUCUCUCUCCCCCCCGCCCACUCCACCCAAACAAACAAAAACGUUGGUAUUUGUCCGUAAUAUUAUUAUGCUGAUUGCUUUCAUCGCAGUAUGAGUUAUUAAUCUAAUGUUGAGACUAACUAAUCUCUGACAUCUGAAAACCUUCUGUUGUGUCAAGAUUCAUUAUUGAGUUAGGAGAAGAGAAAAAGGAGGAAAGGGAGUUAUUGUUCACCAUCUGUUCGACCAUUUGCACUAAUGGCAGAAACUACCCGGACAGUUGCUGAAAUGGGUAAUGAAAUAGUGAGAGAAAUCGUGACCCAGGAGAAAUCUGAACCUCCGAAGGAAAUCCAUGAAGGAAACAGUUCAAGAACCCAUGUGGUUGGUUCAAAAAAAUCGGAGAAAGACAAGGUGGUUGCGGAUUCAGUGGCCGACAGAGAGCCUCCAGCUGAGUCUGUUGAGCAUGUGGUUUCACUGUCUGAGUCAGUGGCUCAAGUUGCAAACGAUCCAGUUGAGAAAAUUGUGGGUCUGUCAGAUGAGAAUAACGAGGUUUCUACUGUUUUAAAGGAUUUGGGGUCUACGGUAGAGGGAUUUGAGGAAGCAACUUUGCCGAUUUCAGAUGAAAAUGUUGGGGAAAAAGCUGGUAGUUUGUUGCGUCCUGCAGGUGUUCAUGGUGAUGACUCUGGUGAUAGUGGUGAGAGUCAUAUGGUAACUGAAAUUCCCAGAAGCACCGAUGAUCAGCCAUUUGUUGGUGCAACUCCAAGCACACGGACUUCUUGGAUGGGUUGCUGUGGAUUAUGCGAUGUUCUGAGAGGUUCUACCCAAUGAUAAAUGAGGAUUCAUUUAAGUGCAUUUGGAUGACCAAAGGCGAAGAUCUGGAUUGCCGAAGGAUUUAGGAUUAUCAAGAUACAUUAUGGUAUUUUUGGAUUGGAGAUUCGAGUUAAUUGUGUAUAGUUUGGGAUGAUACCAUCAUUUGAUCACGUGUGUUACUGUGAAUAAUAUUCAGAUUGUACAUAGGAGCUUUAGGAUUGGCAGCUCAAAGCUAUUGCGAGUGUGUGGGGUUGAUUUGGGGUUGUGUGUGGGUGUGGGUGUGAGUGUGUUGCGUGGGGCGGUGGGGGAAGAGUGUUUCUUUGUCCAUGUUAACAUUAAAUGUUUUAAUUUGCUUUGACUGUUAUAUCCCCCUCUCCUUUUGGUUUGACACUUUCUAAGACAUGAAAGAGUGUAUAAAUAGCAGUAAUUGUUUUAUUGUUAUGGCUCUGAUAAGUCA